AGCGGAUGCGACUGCGGCACCUGAAAAUCCCCUUCUUCCUCGCGAUCGUCGUCUCGCUCUGCUGCUGGUGCUUGCUCGUCGUGACCUUCACAGGCACGCCGGCGACGACGAUCCGCAGCUCCAAGUCCUACUUCGCCGAUGUGCUCAACCGCGCUCGCUUCCAGAAGCAGAUAUCGCCGACGAUGAUGCAGCCGCAGAACCGUAUGACACUGUCGCCCGCACCGUACUGGCGAGCCAACAGCACCAAGACCGACUACGAGUGCUUGGGCUGGCGACAGACAGGCGGCUGCUCGCCCGAUGGUCCGCGCGAAAUGAACGAAGACAAGCCAUGCGACGCCAAGAUUGAAGCAGGCACGUCGGGCUACUGCGAAUCCAUCCACCGCCCGUCCGGUCAAGUCGUGCGCAGCUUCCAGAGCACGUGCGAUGGCAUGAAGUACGGAUCUCACUUUACGUGCUCGCAGACAGGGGACUUUUUAACGUAUGCCGAUAUGCCAUUGACGUACAAGGUGCGACUAUUUCAAGUGCCCGUGAAAGAGUCGAUCAAGAAGCGCUUCGACCUGACGCGUGGCGUGGUCAUGGCCGUGUACCCCAAGGUUAUGAAAAGCGCGUAUGCUGCGAUUCGCCGGCUUCGGGACACGGGGUGCACACUGCCUGUCGAGCUCUGGAUCCGCCUCGACGAAAUGAAGCUCGACCACCCUGUGCUCAAGCUCCUCACCGACAAGUACAACUGCUUUGUGCGCGAGAUCCGCGACGAGGCUGCAACUCAUUUUUACGUCAAGCCGUACGCCGUCUACCACAGUGCAUUUGACCAAGUGCUCUUGCUCGACUGCGACAACUUUGUGGCGGUGGACCCGACGUACCUCUUUGACUCGCCCGAAUUCAAGGAAACCGGCGCCAUGUUUUGGCCCGACUUUUGGAGCAUGCGCAAGACGAUUUUCAACAUUCACAACAACUCGGUGCUCUGGGAGCUCCUCGGCGUGCCGUUCGUCGACAUGUUUGAGCAAGAGUCGGGUCAAGUGCUCGUCGACCGCACGAAGAGCGCCGAGCCGCUGCGCAACCUCAUGUUUUACAGCUUUCACGAGCCGCGCUUGAUCGAGCUCUUUGACAUGGCGUGGGGCGACAAGGACCUCUUCCGGUUUGCGUGGUUGCGGGCCAACCAGCCUUUCCACAUGAUCCAAAAGCCCCCGGGGUCGGCCGGCGUCAAGCACAUCACCUACGAUCUCUUUUGCGGGCACACGAUGGUGCAGCACGACCCCCAAGGCAACAUUGUGUUUCUCCACCGCAACACGUACAAGCUCACGGGCUCGCCGGACGCGCCGCUCAUCUGGGACCACAUUCAGCAGUUCCGGCUGCCCGUGGCCGACGAGGCGUACGACGUGCGCGGUGCCAACGGCGGCGAAGUGUUUCCCGACUUUAAGCGCUGUUUCGGCAAGGACACUGCGUACGAGCCGACGUUCCUUCUCACGCCGCUCAAGGACUUUGCUUUUGGCGACCUCGAGCCGUCGAUCCUCCAAUAUGCGCACGAGGCGUGGCUGCUCGUGCCCGACGAGACGGAGACGCCCGAAGGGCCGUAGAUCGACCCGACAUGAUUUUAACCACAAGUAGACGCAAUACACACACGCACUAGUCAUGUCAUGCCACGUACAAGGGCUUGCAGCGCGGCGGUCGUAUGCGAUGCUCGGCUGCGUCAUUGCACAAUGGGACGGCGUGGGCACGCCCUCCUUGGGCAGCCAUGCACGCGUUCGCUGGCGCCGUCGAGUGCUGCGGCGAGGUCUCUUGCGCUAGUGGCAUGCAGCUUACGGCCUGGAGCGUUGCCGCCGCCAUCCAUCGGUGGUCGCAGCAGAUGGCCUCUGGUCGCUCGGCGGCGGCGAGCCCGGGACGGUGCCUCAAUUAAAUACGCAAGUCAUUUGACG